GCUUUCUGAACCGUUCAAACGAACAUAAAUUGUGUUUAUUUUUACACGGGUUUUAUAAACCGAGCGCUUCCUUGUUGCAUGCUGCCAGUCGCGUUGGCAAAAACUCAUGUAACAAGUUAACCAUUUAAAUCGUGUCUUUAACACCGCCAGUGUAACGUUGUGCAGUUGUACAUUGCAGCCAUUCAUUUAUGAGGUUAGGACCCUUUCUUCUUUAAUCACUAUUAUACACGGACGUGGUUGUCGAACCCUGCAACAGAGAUACGGUUUCUGGGAUCAGGAAAUGUGCAUACUGUUCCAGAAUCAGCUUUAUGAAUACCGUGCCGAUACACUGCUCGGUCGACUUGUUGCGUUAACGCAGUACGUGCACGUGAUUGUACGUUACAAAUUACGCCGCGACUGUUUGCUGACCAAUCAAGCUUGCACACAACAGAACGGCUUUUCACGCGUUAAAAUGUAGUAAAUAGUUGUUAUUCCAUCAAGCACAAUGGUGCUAGCAAAGAGCACGGGGCUUGAAUUUACAAGCCUGAAUUUAUUGACGCCCCAAGCAAGACCCUGAAGGACUGCUGGCUGGAAUUUUCUUUCAUCCCUUCCCUGUUGUUUUUCCCAAACUGCCUUUCUGCUUACUUUUUCCCUGACCCUCUCUGGAAAGCACUCCCUCUUUCUUUCCAAAACACUUUCGGGGAAUCCUUUCUGCUGAAUGCAUAUUCUUCUUAUUUUCCCUGUUUGCUUGCUUAUCUUAUCUCUUUUGUCAUCACAUAUCUAAAAACAUACUCUCCAAACUCUGUUAAUCAUGAGAAAACAAACUUGCAACAUUCUUUUCAUCUGUGUUAUUAUCAGCUCCAUCACUGUAUUUUAUCUCGGCAUUAGCACUAUAGAAUGUCCAAGUUCUCACUCGCAUACCGCACAGAGCAUGUGGCCGUCGAAUCUGCAUGCGGGCAAAAACCUCAGCGGCCUCCCUGAGGAGUACAACGAGGAAACCCCUCUCAUUUUCGUGGGUGGAGUCCCUCGCAGCGGGACCACUCUAAUGCGAGCCAUGUUGGAUGCCCACCCUCUCGUACGUUGCGGAGAGGAGACCCGCGUCAUCCCCCGACUGUUGGCAAUGCAGGCCACCUGGAGUCACUCCGCACGCGAGCGACUCCGACUUGAUGAGGCUGGCGUUACGGAUGAGGUACUGGAUUCUGCUGUACGUGCCUUCCUGUUGGAGAUCAUAGUGGGGCAUGGGGAACCAGCCCCGAGGCUCUGCAAUAAGGACCCGUUCGCUUUGAAGUCCCUGUCCUACCUCUCCAAGCUCUUUCCAAGGGCAAAGUUCAUCCUCAUGCUCCGAGACGGCAGAGCCACCGUGCACUCUAUGAUUUCCCGCAAGGUGACUAUUACUGGAUUUGAUUUGACUAGUUACAGGGACUGUCUGGUGAAGUGGAACCGAGCGGUGGAGGUGAUGUACGACCAGUGUCUGGCUGCGACACAUGGGAACUGUCUUCCGGUGCACUAUGAGCAGCUGGUGCUGUAUCCUGAGAGGGUGACGCGCAAGCUCCUACAGUUCCUGGAUCUCCCGUGGGACUCCACCGUGCUACACCAUGAACGGCUUAUUGGGAAAGCCGGUGGAGUUUCAUUGUCAAAGGUGGAACUGUCAACCGACCAAGUAGUCAAACCUGUGAAUACAGAGGCCCUGGUUAAAUGGGUGGGCAAGAUUCCUGCUGAUGUGGUGACUGAUAUGGCCAGCCUCGCCCCAAUGCUAAGUCGAUUGGGUUAUGACCCUCUAGCCAACCCCCCAAACUACAGCAAGCCUGAUCUCUUAUUCCUAAACAAUACAAAAAUUGUGAAGUCAAACUAGAACUGAAGCAAAAUAAAGUUCUUUCUGUGGAUAAAUAAAGCUUAAAGCAAUAAAACAAAAGGACUCAAAGACUUGAUUUAACAAGGAAAUCACGUUCAUAAUGUCUGCUAGAAAACAGUUGUUUGUUGAAAGAAAGCCAAUUAUGGACAAUUUUUGCUGGUGUUGUCAGUGUUAACGAGCUAGCGGCAACAGGUUUAAAACAAAUCUUGUUGUUGACUUGAAAUAAACCUGAAAAUUAAUUGCAACGAUUUUUUUUAUGUGUUUGUGAUGCUCAGUCUGUUACUUACUAGUGACUGUUUAUUUUUGUAUGCGUUAAUGCAUGUGUCUUUUACAAUUUACAAUUGUGAAGAGCUGCUUAACUGUAUCUUAUUGUUCCCCAAACAAUGACAAUAAAGUUAUAUUCUAUUCUA